AGUCUUCUGUAUUAAAUUCAUCCAUGGAACUUAUAAAUAAACCCCAUGAUAGAAGAAGCUGAAGCCAUGGCAAUUCAAGGGUUGCUUUUACAAUUCACACUUUUCUGGGUUGUGUUAGCAGCUGCUGUAGCAGCACAAGCCUAUCCGAUUGCCAAACGUGGCUGCCAAGAUAAAUGCGGCAAUGUCAGCAUCCCAUAUCCAUUCGGUACAACAGAUGAAUGUUACUACGACCCAGACUUCCUCAUAACUUGCAACGACACCUUUGAUCCUCCAAAAGCAUUUCUGAUGGAUGGUAAUGUAGAGGUCACCGACAUAACUCUCGGAGGGAAGCUGCACAUCUUGCAAUAUAUAGCCCACGAUUGUUACGAGAAAUCUGGCGCCCCCUUUGCAGAUAAUAAACCAUGGCUCAGUCUGUCAAAAUUCAUCAUCUCUGAUACUGAUAACAAGUUUACUGCUGUUGGUUGCGAUACAGAAGCAUAUGUUUACGGUUCCCAGGGAGAAAAAACUUUCAAGGUGGGUUGCCUCUCUGUUUGUGAUAGUAUUGACUAUGUAUCUAAUGGCUCCUGCUCAGGCGUUGGAUGUUGCCAAACGUCCAUUCCUAAAGGUAUGGACUACGUUAAAUUAACUGUGGGUAGUUACAAUAAUCAUACCAGAGUGUGGGACUUUAAUCCCUGCAGCUAUGCUUUCAUUGUUGAAGACAAUCAGUUUAAUUUUUCAUCAACUGAUCUUCAAGAUCUAAGAAAUGUGAGCUUACUUCCUUCGGUUCUUGAUUGGGCAAUCGGAAAUGAAACCUGCCAGCAAGUUAAAAAAGACUUGACAUGUUACGCAUGUCAGGGGAGAAGUGCUUGCGUUGAUUCUGAAAAUGGAUCUGGGUACCGUUGUAAGUGCCUGGAGGGUUAUCAAGGCAACCCAUACCUCCCUAAUGGUUGCCAAGAUAUAGAUGAAUGCCAGGACUCUAGUCUCCACAACUGUGAAAGAAUAUGUAUAAACAGAGAAGGCAGCUACACAUGCUUGUGCCCCAAGUGGCACCAUGGGGAUGGAAGAAAAGAUGGAGAGCGUUGUAUUGCUGAUCGAUCCCUUGUAAUUCAGCUCACUGUUGGGAUCAGCAUAUGCCUUACAGGAUUGCUAAUAGGCGGCACUUGGUUGUACUGUGGAUUCAAUAAAUGGAAGCUCAUCAAACUCAGAGAGAAGUUCUUCCGCCAAAAUGGAGGUUUUCUUUUACAACAGCAAUUAUCAGGGCGAGAAGGGUCCACCAGAGAAACGGCAAAAAUCUUUACAGCUGAGGAGCUUGAGAAGGCCACUGACAACUACAGUGAAAGCAGAAUUCUUGGCCGUGGGGGAUAUGGUACAGUUUAUAAAGGAAUUUUAUCAAAUGGGAAAAUUGCUGCCAUAAAAAGGUCUAAAGUGGUGGAUCAAAGUCAAAUUGAGCAAUUUAUCAAUGAGGUAAUUGUGCUCUCCCAAAUCAACCACAGGAACGUGGUAAAGCUUCUAGGUUGCUGCUUGGAGACAGAGGUUCCAUUGCUUGUUUAUGAAUAUAUCACCAAUGGAACCCUCUUUGAUCACAUCCAUACCAAAAGUAAAGUUUCAGCACUUCCAUGGGAAACUCGUUUGAGAAUAGCAGCAGAAACUGCUGGAGUGCUGUCGUAUUUGCACUCUUCAGCUUCAACACCAAUCAUCCAUAGAGAUAUUAAGUCCACAAAUAUUCUAUUAGACGAUCAUAACACUGCAAAAGUGGCCGAUUUUGGUGCUUCCAGGUUGGUUCCGCUGGAUCAAGAAGGAUUAUGUACAAUUGUACAAGGCACACUUGGAUACUUAGAUCCUGAAUACUUGCAUACAAGCCAGUUAACUGAGAAAAGCGAUGUCUACAGCUUUGGAGUGGUGCUUACUGAACUACUGACAGGUAAGAAGGCAGUUUCCUUUGACAGGGCAGAGGAGGAGAGAAAUUUAGGUAUGUAUUUCGUUUCUGCUCUGAAAGAACACCGCUUGGCAGAAGUUGUUGAUGAUGGUGUAUCAAAGGAGGCAAAUCCUGAUCAGCUUAAGGAAGUAGCUAGCCUUGCACGACGGUGUGUGAGAGUAAAAAGGGAGGAGAGACCCACAAUGAAGGAAGUAGCUAUGGAACUAGAGGGGCUGAGGAUAAUGGCGAAGCAUCCAUGGGUUAACGACAAGUCGAAUUCAGAAGAAACAGACUACUUGCUUGGAGAAUCAUCUGAGUCUGAUGCUGUAAAUUUUGGGGUAAGUAAAAGUAUGAGUGGUGGAUAUGAUAGCAUGAGGAACCAUGUAAUUGUGAAUGUCCGUGAUGGAAGAUGAGUGUUUUGUGGGUGAUGAUUGGGAUAUUGAAUGUUUUUUGCCCUAAAAUGAGUCAAUUUGAACAUUUAUAUCACACACUUAUAACCUAAACAUUUUUAUUAUUUUAUAUGUUAAAAUAUCUAAACUGUUUUUACCUUCAACUUUAUAAAAAUUUAUGUUUAUGAUUUCA